AUGAACAUGAAAUGCAUUCGAGAGAAGAUAGAAAAGGUCAAGCCACACUUCUUGAAAGUUGCCUCAGAUGCAAUCCAAGGAUAUGCCUUUGGGUGCAUGGUGGGUGUACUUUCGUCAUCCGGAAAGCCAACCCUCAGGAAUAUUCAUGAAUCCGGGAAGUCCUUUGCAAAGGUUAGUACAAUAUACUCUGUGACAGAAUCAGGCCUCCAGAUCUAUGGCUUGAAAGAUACGCCACUUAACAGCUUUAUUAGUGGGGCUGUUGCUGGAGGCCUUGGGGUAAGUGACAGAUCCAAGAGAACUGUCUUGGCUGGUGCAGCGUCAUUUGGAUUGUAUACAGGAAUGUCAAGUGCUUUUUCUACCAAAAUCCAGAAAUAG